GUUUGUGUGAGUAUGUGUUUGAAGAGCUUGAAGCAAGGGAGUGUGCCUUGUCUCAAAGAAUGAGGAAGAAGUGUGGAUAAGAUCUCAGCUUUUUUCUUUAAGAAGAAAAAAGGCUCAAUUCGUCACAAAAAAAGAUGUACGAUGCGGUGGCAGCCAAGCAGGGUGAAGGAGCGACAUCCCUAAAAUAAUCUUCCUUUCUGGUGAAUAAACCCAGAAAAUGAUGGUGCUUCCAUUGAACUAUUUCACCUCUGGGAGGUUUCUGUCAUCUGCUGCAGCCUUGAGGUUCCCCUUCUCAGAUGCAGUUAAAUACAGCAUCCUUGGCUUGUCAGUUGCUCUUCUUCUGGUGGCACUGGGUAUCUUGGCCUGGCAGGCCAUUAAAUGCUUCAAACGGCCCUCCGCUACACCCCCUCGACCUCGAGCAGUGAAUGGUGAGUUGCUGCAAACAGAUGACGUAUCUGAAAUUACAGAACAGUACAAAGGAAUUCCAACUAUCAAGGUCGAAGAUGUCGAUACAGACAUCUUGGAAUCCACACAGGAAGCAGGAGAGGUUAAAAUGAUUGAAGGAUCGCUCCACUAUUCUCUAUAUUAUGACGCGGAGCAGCACCAUCUUGUGGUUACUAUCUUGGAGGUCGAGGGGCUUCAGCAGCCACGGCAAAUCAGCAGCCUCCAGCUGUUUGUCCAACUGAAGCUUCUAUGGACCGGAUCCCAGAUGGAUGGGCCUUACAUUGAGGAAGUGGAUGAAGGGAAACCACUUACCCUACGCACAGUGCUGCAGGACUGGCGGACUCGUAUUGUAAAAGGCACCUGUAACCCCUUGUUUGGAGACCAGUUCACCUGUCUUCUCCAUGACGAAAAGGAGCUAGAUCACAUCGACCUCAGAAUGGAGGUGAGAGACUUUGAUAAAUUCUCCAGACACACAACAUUGGGAGAGGUUAGGGUGCCUUUAAGACAUCUCAAUAUCUCCUACCCUCUGGAGCUAAAAGGAAAGCUCAAAACUCCCCAAAAGGAUCUUGUAGGGGAAAUUCUUCUGUCACUGAAGUUUCUUCCAACUUCUCAAAGAAUUGAGGUCGGAGUGCUCAAGGUUCAUACAGUCCAGAAAGAGCUG